ACGCCUUGGAUUCCUGGGGGCCUGAGUGGGGAGAGCGAGCUGGGUGCCCCCCGGAUCCCCCGCCCCCAGCACCCCAUGAGCCGACCCUCGGCCCCAUGGAGCCCGGCGAUUAUGCCACCCUGGACGGGGCCAAGGCCAUGGAAGGCUCGCCCGGAGCGGGAGGGAGCCGGAAUCUAGCCGCCCGCUCCCCCCUCCCCAGCCACCCCGCCGCCGGGGCGCCUCCGCUGCUGCACGCCGCCGUCAGCUAUGCCCCCCUGGACCUGCCGGGCUCUGCGGAACCGCCAAAGCAGUGCCACCCGUGCCCCGGGGUGCCCCAGGGGACGGCCCCUGCUGCGGUGCCCUAUGGCUACUUUGGAGGCGGGUACUAUUCCUGCCGGGUGUCCCGGAGCUCGCUGAAGCCCUGUGCCCAGGCGGCCACCCUCGCUGCCUAUCCCGCCGAGACUGCCGCGCCCGGGGAUGAGUACCCCAGCCGGCCCACCGAGUUUGCCUUCUAUCCGGGGUACCCAGGACCCUACCAGCCAAUGGCCAGUUACCUGGAUGUGUCGGUGGUGCAGACUCUGGGUGCCCCGGGGGAGCCCCGCCACGACUCCCUGCUGCCUGUGGACAGUUACCAGCCCUGGGCCCUCACCGGGGGCUGGAAUGGCCAGAUGUGUUGCCAGGGGGAACAGAACCCACUGGGUCCCUUCUGGAAGGCGGCAUUUGCAGAGUCCGGUGUGCAGCACCCUCCGGAUGGCUGUGCCUUCCGACGUGGCCGAAAGAAGCGCAUUCCUUACAGCAAGGGGCAGUUGCGGGAGCUGGAGCGCGAGUAUUCAGCGAAUAAGUUCAUCACCAAGGACAAGAGGCGCAAGAUCUCGGCGGCCACCAGCCUCUCAGAGCGUCAGAUCACCAUCUGGUUUCAGAACCGCCGGGUUAAGGAGAAGAAAGUCCUGGCCAAGGUCAAGACCACCACUAAUCUGUGAGGGAGAUCCCUGGCUGGGGAGGUGGGGGAGAAGUGGGAGUAUCCUGGAGAGACCCAGAGCCCAAGGGUGCCAGGCUAGAGCACAGGACUCUGCUGAGGGGCUCCCAGGCCACAGCUCCUGGGCUGUUUCUCAGGGAUGGCCUG